AUGGAUGAAUGUUAUAGCUUCUGUCUGUGUGUGAUUUGUCUCUCUCUCUCUCUCUUUUCUUCCAUUCUUUUUUUCUUUCUUUCUUUUUCUCUGCUCCCACCCUUUCUCUAUCUUUCUCUCCCUUUCUCUAUUUUUUCUCGCUCUUUUUUCACACUUUUCUCUCUCUUGUUCUUGCUCUUUUCUUUCUUUUCCUUGCUCUUUUUCUCUCUUUUACUCGUUCUUCUCUCUCUCUCUCUUUUUCUAGCUCUUUCUCUCUCCCUCUUUUCUUACUCAUUCUCUUUGCCUAGCUUUCUUUCUGUUUUCUUGUUCUCUCUCUUCUUUCUUUCUCUCUCUCUUUUCUCUCAUAUCUCUCUUUUUCUUUCUAUCUCUCUUUUCUCACUCUUUCUCUCUUUUCUCAUUCUUUCUCUCUAUCUCUCUUUUCUCACUCUUUCUCUCUAUCUCUCUUUUCUCACUCUUUCUCUCUAUCUCUCUUUUCUCUCUUCUCUAUGUCUCUCUUCUCUCUAUCUCUCUUUUCUCUCUUCUCUCUUUUCUCUUUUCUCUCUAUCUCUCUUUUCUCUCUAUCUCUCUUUUCUCUCUUUUCUCAUUCUUUCUCUCUAUCUCUCUUUUCUCACUCUUUCUCUCUAUCUCUCUUCUCUCUAUCUCUCUUUUCUCUCUUCUCUCUAUCUCUCUUUUCUCUCUUCUCUCUUCUCUAUGUCUCUCUCUUCUCUCUAUCUCUCUCUUCUCUCUAUCUUUCUCUUCUCUCUAUCUCUCUUUUCUCUCUAUCUCUCUUUUCUCACUCUUUCUCUCUAUCUCUCUUCUCUCUAUCUCUCUUCUCUAUGUCUCUCUUUUCUCUCUUCUCUAUGUCUCUCUUUUCUCUCUAUCUCUCUUUUCUCUCUAUCUCUCUUUUCUCAUUCUUUCUAUCUCUCUUUUCUCACUCUUUCUCUCUAUCUCUCUUUUCUCACUCUUUCUCUCUAUCUCUCUUUUCUCUCUUCUCUCUAUCUCUCUUUUCUCUCUUCUCUCUUCUCUAUGUCUCUCUCUUCUCUCUAUCUCUCUCUUCUCUCUAUCUCUCUUUUCUCUCUAUCUCUCUUUUCUCUCUUUCUCUCUAUCUCUCUUUCUCUCUUCUCUCUAUCUCUCUUUUCUCUCUUCUCUCUAUCUCUCUUUUCUCUCUUCUCUAUGUCUCUCUCUUCUCUCUAUCUUUCUCUUCUCUCUAUCUCUCUUUUCUCUCUAUCUCUCUUUUCUCUCUUUUCUCGCUAUCUCUCUUUUCUCACUAUCUCUCUUUUCUCGCUAUCUCUCUUUUCUCACUCUUUCUCGCUAUCUCUCUUUUCUCACUCUUUCUCGCUAUCUCUCUUUUCUGCCCUUUCUCUCUUUUUCUCUCUUUUCUUUCUCUUUCUCUCUUUCUCUCUCUCUCUUCUCUUGCACUUUUUUCUUGCUCUUUAUCUUUCUCUCUCUUUCUCUUUCUCUUUGUGUCUAGCUUUCUUUCUCUCUCUUUCUCUCUUACUCUUUGUGUCUACCUUUCUUUCUCUUUCUCUUUGUGUCUCACUUUCUGGCUAUUCUAUUCUCUCUAUAUAUUUCUUCUUUCUUUCUCACUUUCUUCCUUUCUUUCUUUCCUUGUUUCUUUCUUUCUUUCUCACUUCCUUCCUUCCUUUCUUUCUUUCUUUCUUCUCAUGUUGA